AUGGAAGACAUCGCUGUGACAAAGUUCCGCGAGUAUUUACGAGUGAACACGGAACAGCCCAAUCCGAAUUAUGCUGCCUGUAAGACAUUUCUCUUCAAGCUAGCAGACGAGCUACCAGUACAACGACGUGCAGUCGAGACUGCUCCCGGGAAGUUCUUUGUCAUCAUGACAAUUCCUGGCACACGACCGGAACUCUCAUCGCUCGUACUUUAUUCGCAUACCGACGUCGUCCCGACAUUUAAGCAAAGUAGUGAUUCGGUUCUUCCACAGGAUCAAUGGAAGUACGAUCCAUACGCUGCCCACAAGGAUGAGAACGGCGACAUAUAUGCGAGAGGGGCUCAAGAUAUGAAGUGUGUUGGUUCGCAAUAUGUUGAGGCGAUCAGGAGGCAUUUUCAACGAGGAAGGAAGCAAUGGCUCAGAACCAUCCACAUUCUGUGGGGAGCAGAUGAGGAAAUUGCGGGUGAGGAGGGAAUGGCACGAUUUUGUCAAAUGGACGAGUUCGAGCAGUUGAAUAUUGGAUUCGUUUUGGAUGAAGGGAUUGCAAGCGAAACAAACCAGUACAACGUCUUCUACGCUGAAAGAUGUCCAUGGUGGCUUAAAGUCACAUGCACCGGAUCUCCAGGGCACGGAUCAAAAUUCAUCCCAAACACUGCUGCAGAGAAAUUGCAAAAGAUGAUCAAUAAAACCUUGAGUUUUCGAGAGGAACAGAAAAAAAUUCUUGAAGAAGAUCCCAAAAAGACACUUGGAGAUGUCACAACCCUCAACUUAACAAUCAUUGAGGGUGGAGUCCAAGUGAAUGUUCUACCCGAGAAAUAUACCGCUUACUUUGACAUACGAGUCCCGCCUACCGUGGACUUUGACAGCUUCGGGAAGCAAAUCGACAACUGGUGCAGAGAAGCGGGCGAAGGCGUGCAGUACGAGUUCCUGGAGCUAAGCGGUGCGAUUAUUUCUGUUCUCCGACUCAUUGGAGUUCAACAAAAGAAUAUUAGCACCACCUAG